CCCAAGAGCACACUCUCCCUCCCUACUCUCUGUUCUUCUACAACCAUGGAAGCCACUCUCUUCAGCUUCCAUUCCUCCAAACCCCCAUCACCCUCCCUAACCCAAACCCAACACAAUUCCCUCCUAACCCGACCCGCCACAAACCCAUUUCUCUCCCUCGCUCCCCGCCCCGCCCGCCACCACCACCGCCUCCCCACAAUCCGCUCCGCCAUCUCCCGCACCAAAAAGGAACAGACCGUCGAGACCAUCAAGGAAAACCUCGAGAACUGCCACCUCAUGGCCGGGAUCCGUUACAAGGGCCUCACCGUCAAGCAAUUCCAAGACCUCCGGAAAGUCCUGCCGGAAACGACCAAGCUCAUUGUGGCGAAGAACACCCUGGUCUACAAGGCAAUCGAGGGGACGCCGUGGGAGGCGCUGAAGCCGUGCAUGACGGGGAUGAACGCCUGGAUGUUCGUCCACAGCGAGGAAAUCCCGCCGGCCAUUAAGCCGUACAGGGAUUUCCAGAAGGAGAAGAAGCUCGACAGCAACGACUUCACCGGGGCGGUUUUCGAAGGGAAGUUUUACGGGCCUGGGGACUUUAAGCAGCUCGAGACAAUGCCGACGAGGGCGGAGAUUUACGCUAAGUUGCUUGGGACGUUGAAUAGUCCGGCGUCGAGCUUGGUGGGGACGAUUCAGGCGCCGGCGAGGGAGUUGGUCAUGCUUUUGAAGGCAUAUGUGCAGAAAUUGGAGGAGGAAGGCGGCGGCGGGGGGCAAUAGUGGUGUAGUAAAAGGAGAGGAUUUUGAGCCUGUGUAAGUGUAUCUUGAAAGACCCAACUGUCGAUUUUUGGUGUUUUUCUGAUGUUGUAGCAUGAUUGCGGUUUAUAUUCGAGCUGUAAAUUUAUGUACAAUUGAAGUUUUAGCAAGCAAUGAUCUUGAAUUUUAUGGCUA